AAUUCAUGACACGUAUGUAUUUUGUAUAUAUAUAUAGAUAUAUGUGGUACAUUAGUAUAUGGGAUUUAAAAGAGCGCCAUCAACGAACGACAGACAAAGGAGACAGUAGGAGAUAACUGGAGAUAAAUUAAGUGGGGAGAAUUUAACUUGAUUUACAUUAGGAUUUACUUCCUUGUCUUUUUUUUUUUUAAAUAAUAUAUAAACAUUAUUUAUAAAUAUAUAAAUGCUUAACGUGGGGUAAUUAAAUUCCGUGAUAAAAAUUCAAACGUAAAAUAAAAGUGUCAAUUUAUCUUUUAAUCUCUGACUUGGAUACAGAAAGUAAAAUAUUUAAAAUUGAUAACAAUGAACUUGUGUUUUCAAAUUUUAAAAUUUAUUGUCAAGAAUUAAGUAUAUUUAUUUUUAUAUUUUGUUAUUUAUUGAUUGGUUGGUAAAGUUUUAUUAAAAAUUCAAAUUAUGAAUUUAAAUAUUUUUUUCUAAAUAAGAUACGUGAUAAAAGUGUUGAUAAAAAAUGAUGCUGGGGUCUGUGAUAAGCUCGGUGUCACUGAGAAAAUGUUUUUAUUUAUCCCUGAUGGUAUUUGUGCUAUCAACAUUAAUGGCGAUGGUGAUAAUAGUUAAAUUAACACCAUUAGAAUCUACAAAAUGUCAUUCAUCAAAUACUGGAACGACUGCAAGGGUAGAAUGGAGCAGUGCUAUGCCCCUUGGAUCGAUAUCACAUAAUCGGCAUUUUGAUAAUUCCUCUAUAUUUAUUAAUAGCCUGCAGUCAUUAAUACUGAAUAAUAAUGACAGCCAGAAUGAAUCACUCGCAGAUAAAUAUCAAGAUAUCAAAGAAACCGGUGCGAGAAAUAAAAUUACAGGACUGUCAUGGAAAAUGAGGAGCAAGAUAUUGCCAUUGUUGAUGAUAAAUGACAGCAAACAGAUUGAUAUUAAUUAUAAUAUUCAUAUAUUUUAUUAUCCAUGGUAUCGCUCAUUGUCAUAUGAUGGUGCGUGGAAACAUUGGAACCACGACUACUUGCCAAACUGGAAGAAAAAUGACAAGAGAGUUUUUCCAGAAGGUAGACAUCGUCCACCUGCUGACAUAGGUGCCAAUUAUUAUCCCAGUAUCGGCUGUUACAGCUCGAAUGAUCCCCAGGUAAUCGACCUACAUAUGAGACAAUUAAGGGAAACAGGCGUCGGAGUACUUGUUGUCUCUUGGACGCCACCAAACACCCCCGACAAUACUGAUUCAGUGAUGGCUGAUUUACUUGACGCAGCUCAUCGAUAUAAUCUUAAAAUAGCACCGCAUAUUGAACCUUAUCCUGGCCGAAAUCCUAUUAAUUUAAUCCAACAUAUCAAGUAUUUGUUCAGCCACUACGCUUCACAUCCGGCACUUCAUCGAGCUAAGAGAAAUAACGAUGGACCAUUACUUCCGGUUAUUUACAUCUAUGACUCGUAUUUGUUUCCAUCGAGUGCUUGGUGGGAGCUUUUGUCAGAAAGGGGUAAUUUGACAUUAAGAGGCACCGAAAUUGAUGCAGUUUACAUCGGGUUGCUUGUCGACUCGCAGCAUCGCAGUCAUGUCAAAAAAUCACAUUUCGAUGGUUUUUACACUUACUUUGCCGUAAAUGGGUUCAGCUUCGGAAGUACUUGGAAAAAUUGGAAAGAUUUGAAUAAAUUUGCAGCGCAGAAUGGCUUGAUGUUCAUCCCUAGUUUAGGGCCGGGUUACAUUGACACCCAAGUACGGGCAUGGAAUGCUGAAAACAUAAGACACCGACGUCACGGUCAGUACUAUGAGGUAGCCUGGAAAAAUGCAAUAAACAGCGGAGCUAAAGUUGUAUCAAUAACUUCUUUCAAUGAAUGGCACGAGGGUACGCAAAUAGAGCCGGCAAAGCCUGUGAGUAAUAAAGAUUUCACUUAUCUGGAUUACGAACCCGAAGGCCCGAAUUUCUACUUAAAUCUCACUAAAUGGUGGAUACAACAAUUUUCAUACAAAUCUGCCAACCCUAAUUACUAAUUGAGCAAAUAAGAGAUAAUUUAAAUUUACUAUUUAUUCACCAUUCAUGAUCUCUAUUUAUAUCUUUAAAUUAUUAGCUAUAAAUAUCUAUAUAUAUCAGCCGUAAAAAUCCAAUAUCGAUUGCUUAUAUUUAUUUUAAGUAAAUAUCACUUUUUUAUAUAUUUUAAUAUUUAUUAUUAAAUAGAUUUUAACAAUAAUU